AUGGCCUCGGCAGCGCUCCAGCUCUUUGCUUUCGGCCUGGCCUUAUCAGGGGUGUCUGGGGUGCUCACGGCCACCCUGCUGCCCAACUGGCUGGUGCACGUGGACAGGGGCUCGGGCAUCAUCACAGCCCUAGUGCAGUUGCAGGGGCUCUGGCUGGACUGCACGUGGUACAGCACAGGGGUGCUCAGCUGUAGCAGCAAGGACUCCGUUCUGUCCCUCCCCGGCCAUGUGCAGGCUGCCCGGGCCGCCAUGGUGCUGGCCUGCAUCCUGUCCGCCUUGGGGGCCUGCACGUCCACAGUCGGGAUGACAUGCACUCGUCUAGGAGGGGACAGAAAGACCAAAAGGCAUGCUGCUCUGGUAGCUAGUGUCUGCCUCCAGGUGGCAGGGGUCUCUGGUCUGAUCCCCACGGUAUGGUACACCAAGGAGAUCAUCGCCAACUUUGUGGACCUGGCGGUGCCUGAGAGCAACAAGCAAGAGCCUGGGGGAGCCGUCUACGUGGGAUUCAUUUCGGCUGUGCUGCUGUUGGUCUCCGGUGUGAUUUUCUGCACUUCCUACGUACAAGAGAGGCCACAAGCUUGGCUCCACCAGCCCAGGUGGCAGAACACUAUGUCGGCCACCCAGCUGGAGACAAACUCAGCAUACCACCUGAAGGACUAUGUGUAA